GCGGUAGCGGCGGCCGCGGUGGCAAUGACUGGGGCGAAGGGGCUCAUGGCUGACGUCAGCUGGAAGGUCCUGGAGCGGAGGGCCCGCUCUAAGCGUUCAGGCUCAGUUUAUGAACCUCUUAAAAGCAUUAACCUUCCAAGACCUGACAAUGAAACUCUGUGGGAUAAAUUGGAUCAUUAUUACAAAAUUGUUAAAUCAACGGUGUUGCUAUAUCAAAGUCCAACCACUGGCCUCUUUCCCACAAAAACUUGUGGUGAUGACCAAAAGGCAAAGAUUCAAGAUAGCCUUUAUUGUGCAGCUAGUGCCUGGGCAUUAGCACUUGCUUAUAGGCGCAUUGAUGAUGACAAGGGAAGGACCCAUGAGCUGGAGCAUUCAGCUAUAAAAUGUAUGAGAGGAAUUCUCUACUGCUACAUGCGCCAGGCUGAUAAGGUUCAGCAAUUUAAACAAGACCCGCGCCCAACAACAUGUCUCCAUUCUAUUUUCAAUGUACAUACAGGAGAUGAGGUCUUUUCCUAUGAGGAAUAUGGUCAUCUUCAGAUAAAUGCCGUGUCCCUGUACCUUCUUUACCUUGUGGAAAUGAUUUCCUCAGGACUUCAGAUUAUCUACAACACUGAUGAGGUAGCCUUCAUUCAAAACCUGGUUUUUUGUGUAGAAAGAGUCUACCGUGUACCUGACUUUGGUAUCUGGGAAAGAGGAAGCAAAUACAAUAAUGGUAGCACUGAGCUGCAUUCGAGCUCUGUUGGCUUAGCAAAAGCAGUUCUAGAAGCAAUUAAUGGAUUCAACCUCUUUGGCAACCAGGGAUGUUCUUGGUCUGUUAUAUUUGUGGAUCUUGAUGCCCAUAAUCGAAACAGACAGACUCUGUGUUCAUUGCUGCCAAGAGAAUCCAGAUCUCAUAAUACUGAUGCUGCACUGCUCCCCUGCAUUGGUUACCCUGCUUUUGCCAUUGAUGAUGAUGCUCUGUUCAGUCAAACACUUGAUAAAGUUGUUAGAAAAUUGAAAGGAAAGUAUGGAUUCAAGCGUUUCUUGAGAGAUGGGUACAGAACUUCACUAGAAGAUCAAAACCGACGCUAUUAUAAGCCAGCUGAAAUUAAGCUCUUUGAUGGCAUUGAAUGUGAAUUUCCAAUUUUUUUCCUUUACAUGAUGAUUGAUGGAGUUUUUAGAGGAAAUCCUACACAAGUAAAGGAAUACCAAGAUCUUUUGACUCCAGUCCUUCAUCAGACAACAGAAGGGUAUCCUGUUGUUCCGAAAUAUUAUUAUGUGCCAGCUGACUUUGUGGAAGCUGAGAAGAAAAAUCCUGGUAGUCAGAAGAGAUUUCCUAGCAACUGUGGGCGUGAUGGAAAAUUUUUCCUUUGGGGACAAGCCCUUUAUGUCAUUGCAAAACUUCUAGCUGAUGACCUAAUAAGUCCAAAAGACAUUGACCCAAUCCAGAGGUAUAUCCCUCUACAGGAUCAGCGGAAUAUUAGCAUGAGAUUCUCUAAUCAGGGUCCAUUAGAAAAUGACUUGGUGGUUCAUGUAGCCCUGGUGGCAGAAAGCCAACGCCUUCAAGUGUUUCUCAACACAUAUGGUAUACAAACACAGACUCCACAGCAAGUAGAGCCCAUUCAGAUAUGGCCUCAACAGGAACUUGUGAAGGCUUAUUUCCAUCUGGGCAUCAAUGAAAAGUUAGGACUCUCUGGAAGACCGGACAGGCCUAUUGGCUGCCUUGGCACUUCAAAGAUUUAUCGAAUCCUGGGCAAGACUGUGGUCUGUUACCCCAUCAUCUUUGAUCUCAGUGAUUUUUAUAUGUCUCAGGAUGUGUUAUUGCUGAUUGAUGACAUUAAGAAUGCUUUGCAGUUUAUUAAACAGUAUUGGAAGAUGCAUGGCCGACCACUGUUCCUUGUUCUCAUUCGGGAAGACAACAUAAGAGGCAGCCGUUUCAACCCUAUAUUGGAUAUGCUAGCAUCCUUUAAAAAAGGAAUGGUUGGAGGAGUGAAGGUUCAUGUUGAUCGAUUACAGACAUUGAUAUCAGGAGCUGUAGUUGAACAACUUGACUUCUUAAGAAUCAGUGACACAGAAGAGCUUCCAGAAUUUAAGAGUUUUGAAGAGCUAGAACUCCCCAAGCAUUCUAAAGUCAAAAGACAAAGUAGUACUCCCAAUGCUCCUGAACUGGAACAGCAACCAGACAUAUCAGUCAUGGAAUGGAAAAACAAGCCAACCCAUGAAAUACUCCAAAAAUUAAAUGACUGCAGUUGUCUGGCCAGCCAAGCCAUUCUAUUGGGUAUACUGCUUAAAAGAGAAGGUCCUCAUUUCAUAACUAAGGAAGGUACUGUUUCUGAUCAUAUUGAGAGAGUCUAUAGAAGAGCUGGCAGCAAAAAGCUUUGGUCGGUUGUGCGCUGCGCAGCGAGUCUUUUAAAUAAAGUAGUGGACAGCCUUGCACCUUCAAUUACUAAUGUGUUAGUUCAGGGUAAACAGGUAACUCUGGGGGCCUUUGGGCAUGAAGAAGAGGUGAUCUCGAAUCCUUUGUCUCCAGGAGUGAUUAAGAAUAUCAUCUAUUACAAGUGUAAUACUCAUGACGAAAGGGAGGCUGUCAUUCAGCAGGAACUUGUCAUUCAUAUUGGCUGGAUCAUUUCUAAUAAUCCUGAAUUAUUCAGUGGCAUGCUGAAAAUACGAAUUGGGUGGAUUAUACAUGCUAUGAAGUAUGAACUACAGAUUCGUGGAGGAGACAUGCCAGCAUUGGACUUAUAUCAAUUGUCACCUAGUGAAGUUAAACAACUUCUCUUAGAUAUUCUCCAGCCUCAGCAAAAUGGAAGAUGUUGGUUGAACAGGCGUCAAAUUGAUGGAUCCCUAAAUAGAACACCCAUGGGUUUCUAUGACAGGGUGUGGCAGAUCCUGGAGAGAACACCCAAUGGUAUCAUUGUAGCUGGAAAGCAUUUGCCCCAGCAACCAACUUUGUCAGAUAUGACCAUGUAUGAAAUGAAUUUCUCCCUUCUUGUUGAAGACAUAUUGGGAAAUAUCGACCAACCCAAAUACAGACAAAUCAUUGUAGAGCUAUUAAUGGUUGUAUCAAUUGUACUGGAAAGAAACCCUGAACUAGAAUUCCAAGAUAAAGUGGAUUUGGAUAAAUUAGUUAAAGAAGCAUUUGAUGAUUUUCAGAAAGACCAGAGCAUACUAAAGGAAGCUGAAAAACAAGAUGAUAUGACUUCCUUUUACAACACUCCACCACUGGGGAAAAGAGGAACAUGCAGUUACUUGACAAAAGUUGUGAUGAACCUGUUGCUCGAAGGGGAAGUCAAGCCAACCAGCGACGACCCCUGUAUAGUUAGCUAACAAGAGAGUAGAAGGUACUUUGUUUAGCUAGAUCACAUUUUUCAGUGUUAGGUUUGACAGAUGUUUCCUUUGAAGCUUAACCUCAGACAAUCAUGUAUCUGUUUAUUUACUGCUGGUGAAAUCUUUACCAUAUCACCUCUUGAAUUAUUUGGGAUACUGCAUGGAACUGCUACUUAAUAUUGUAGUUAAGAAAUGGUUUUAAACAACAAAAAUAUCCUUGAGCCCAUCUUGACUAGUCAGUUUACUGAGUGGCAGAAACCAUGUAGCUUAAAAAUUAAAUUCUGCACAUUGCAUGAUAAUACAAUUCAUGAAAAUGAAACUACGCUCCUUGAGUUUAUAAUCUCACUUAGCAUUGUGCCAACUAAACAGAAAACUUGCUCAAUAAUUUUGUGUGGAUACUCAAAGAAUUUGUGAGAAUGAUAAAGUUUUCUUUUACUCAUGAGCAUGGUCAUGUUAGAUGUUAAUAUAAAUUUAAAAUCAGAGUGGAAGCUAACAGUAUUUUGAUGUCAAAGACAACAUCAUUAAUAAUGUAUGAAAUAUACAAAAGCUAUUGUAAAAUUUUACCUUGUGAAAAUGAUUAUGGUUUUGUAUUUGUAAUCCCUAGGCAUAGGGGAAAGAGCUAAACACAAAGUAAUAAUGAAUCUGUACUUGCUAAACUUUUCUCUUUAAGUUUCACUUACAUUUAGACUUUUGUGGAAUUGCUCAGAAAUUUGUUUAAUCAUGAGACUCUCUGUACCCAGUGCACACUGGUAAAAGCUAAUCAGAACUCAUUGAAAAUUGUGUGUGUGUGUGUGUGUGUUUAAUAAAUUGCUUCCAUGCAACCCUCCA